GACUUUGAUGAUUCGAAAUCUUGUGAGAGUUUUACCUCUCGCGAGAUUUGAACGAGACUUUCCAAAUCCAUCAUGGUGGACGACGUGUCGCCAAAGGGACAUAUUUGCGGAAAGGAAACACUGUGAGGAAGAGAUGAGAAGAUGGCUUCAGAGCUCCAGCCUGUAGAAGGCAGAGUGAGAUCGCUGGAGGAAGAGUUGAGGAGGACCCAGGAUGAACUGACUAUAGCCAGGAAACAGCUGGCCAAGUCUCAGAGACAACUCCAGACUGCUGAGAAACAGCUGGCCAAGUCUCAGAGACAACUCCAGACUGCUGAGACAUACAAUGAAGAUCUCAGAGAACAGGUGGACAAGCUUAACCAGGAGCUGCACAGGUACAAAAGGAGUCAGGUGGGACAGGUGUCACAGGUGGGACAGGUGUCACAGGUGGGACAGGUGACACAGGUGGGACAGGUGUCACAGGUGGGACAGGUGACACAGGUGGGACAGGUGUCACCGGCGGGACAGGUGUCACAGGUAGAGGACAAAGCCUGCCAGACAGAAGACAUCCUAGCACCAUGGGCAGUUGAAGCCACCCAACAAGUCCCCACGUCUCAAGGCAGCACAGAGGCAUCCACUAACGAGGCAUCCAUUAACGAGGUUGACACCACCGGUAUGUCCCU